GCUGACAUAUUUCGACGUCGUCUCUCGACGACUACACAUCGUGUUCUGGGAAGUGUGAAGAGAGAAGUUGGGGCGCCGCGGAGCUGACACAGGUUCAGAUCCCCGGGCCCAAAGUUUCUUCUACUUUCACGAGAGUUUUCAAGACACAUCAUACGUGACUUCACAAUGAUGAAGUUGGCGGUGUUGGUCUCGAGUCUUCUGCUAGCCGCCUUGAUCGGUGGGACAAAUGGACAAUCCUGUCCAUCUGGCUGGAGCGCCCACGGUGCGAGAUGCUAUAAAGCCUUCAUCAUCACCCCAUCUCCACUCACACCUCCACUUACAUUCCACCAAGCGCAAGCAGAGUGCGAAUCUUAUAAUGCCAGGUUAGCACAACCAAAAGACCAAGGGAUCAACGACUUCAUUGUGGGAUUGCGGAACGCCGGCAACGACCAGUAUGCCGCCUGGAUUGGGAUCACAGAUGAAGUAGAAGGAGACCACAGGUUUCUAGAUGGGGAACCAGUGUCAGUCUACGACGACUGGGCACAAGAUGAACCCAACGAUGCGCCCGGUGAUGCAGACUGUGUUCGCAUCGAGGCCAACCUGGUUACUUCACCUGAGUUUGCAAAUCAGUGGAGGGAUUAUCCAUGUGACAGCCCUUCGAUUGCCUACAUCUGUGAAACACUUGAUCCGUGCGAGGUAGGCAAGGGCCAGUGCACUGCGGCUGGGGAUCCACACAUCACCACGUUAGACAACCAGCGUUAUGACUUCCAGGGUCUGUGCAGGUACCAACUUGCCGGGGACUGUGCAGGCUCCGACUUUACAGUGGAAGUUCAACACCAACCAUAUGGCAGCAGGCCGGGAUUUUCAACGGUCAAGGAAGUCUACGUCAUAGCAUUCGGCAUCGAAAUUGGAAUUCUUCAAGGCAAAGAAUUUAGGGUAGACGGAGUGACCACAACGCUUCCUUACUUUGAAAUAAACGGCAGGAUUGAGGCCCACCUCACCGGCAAUGAUGUUCGAGUUACGUUGACAGAUUUCUGCGUGGAUGUAUACUUCGACGGCAACGACAUAGUUAGGGUUUCGGUUCCAACUACUUACAUGGAUAACAUGUGUGGUCUGUGCGCUGACUUUGACGGUGACCCCUCUAAUGACCUGAACGGACAAAGCGGGACCGUUUACGGGAAUGCACAGUUGAUCGAUAUCUCUACUUGUCCUGGAGGUGACAUAGGCCCGACGGAUGACCCUGUGGUUGACUGUGACCCGGCAUUGGAGAAUCUGACGUCGUCGGAAAACCAUUGCGGGAUGAUCACAGAUCCGGGCGGCCCGUUUGCUAUUUGCCACUUGGUUGUAGCUCCUGAGGCUUUCUUCGAUAACUGCGUCUAUGACGUGUGUGCAUCGGAUGGAGACGGGCUGUGCCAGAGCCUGGCGGCAUAUGCCGACGAAUGUGUGGCACAGGGCGUGGCAGCCGGAACCCUGGAUUGGCGAACUGCGGAAUUUUGUCCCUUGCCGUGCCCAGCAAACAGCGUGUACAGUAACUGCAUGACCCCCUGCCCUCCGACCUGCGCGGAUCAAUCCGCCACCUGUGACGCUGACUGUGUACCAGGCUGCGAGUGUAUUGAAGACCACGUGAUGAGUGGACUUAACUGUGUGCCGGUAAACCUGUGCGGAUGCAUCGACGAUAACGGUCAAUAUUAUGAGCUCGGAGAUCAGUGGGGCACACCAGAUGGUAAUCAAUGUGACUGCACACUGGGAGGGAUCAUCGUGUGUGAGGCAGUGAACUGUGAUGAAGAUGGAGGUUACAGCUGGACUCUUGUGGAUGGAGAAUACGGAUGCAAUUGCGUAGGGUCCUGUUGUGAUAGAGCAAUCUGCAAGGCAUACGGAGAUCCAAACGUCUGUACCCCGGACGGACAACUUCACCAUUUCCAAGGCCCGUGCAGAUACACAUUCGCAAAGGACUGCGUAGGCAACGACUUCACCGUCGAUGUCCAACACGUCCCCGUGGAUGAAUCAUCAAUAACAGCUGUCCGUAAAGUGUGGGUGAUUGUAACCAUUAACGGGUUUACGUGGACAAUCUGCAUUGAAGAAGGCAAAGUUAUAAAGGUGAACGGAGAGAUCGCCCAUGUUCCCAUUAGCCUAGAUAGUGGCGCCAUCGAUAUCAAACUGACCGGCAGGUAUGUCCGAGUGGAGCUGGUGGACUUGUGCGUGGUCGUUCUCUUCGAUGGAACCCACCAAAUCAAAGUGGAGAUUCCGAGUAACUACCAGGAUAAGCUGUGUGGCCUGUGUGGUAACUACAACGGCAUACCGGGCGAUGACUUUGAGAAGCCGGAUGGAACUCAGGCCGCAAACUGGAACGAAUUCGGGAAUAGCUGGCUGACCGACGCUGAAACUUGUAAUGGAGACUCUCCGACUGGUCAACCGACGAUCCAAGUAACGUGUGCCCAUUCGGACCCGUGUGAUGUGCUUAUAGAUCAGAGCGGUCCGUUUGCCUCCUGCCAUGGUACUGUAGAUCCCCAGCCCUACUGGGAGGCCUGCGUCAAUGACAUGUGUGAAACGGGUGGAGAGUGCUAUUGCAGCGGCUUGGAGGCUUAUUACGACGCUUGUAGUGUCGCAGGCGUGCCUCCUUUCAGUUGGCGGGCUUCGACGAAUUGCGGUAUGGAUUGUCCAGCAGGCAGCACGUACUCUGAUUGCACAAGCCCCUGCCCUGCAACAUGUGUGAACCCCGCCGCCCCAGACGACUGUGACCUUCCCUGUGUUGAAGGCUGUGAGUGCGAUGCAGGCUACUUGCAAAGUGGGUUGACAUGUGUACCAGAAGCCACAGACUGUGGUUGCAUCGACGUUAAUGAGAACUACUAUCCGCUUUAUACAGAAUGGGGAACAGAAGACGGACAAGAAUGUGACUGCGGAUUGCCGUUUGGCCCGGGGUUCCCAUGGAUCACCUGUACAUAUGUGACCUGCGAUGAAGCCGGCGGCUACUUCUGGACUCUCGAGGAUGGAACAUGGGGAUGUAACUGCGUCUGGUUCAGUUGUGAUAAUAAUGCAGGCUGUGAACAUACUUGCACGGACAUAGAGGGGACGAGCUUUAUUUGUUCCUGUGAUGUUGGCUACGACCUAAAUGCCGACGGGCUAUCUUGUGACGAUGUGAACGAAUGUGACACUGAUAAUGGUGGCUGUGACCAGAAUUGCCAUAACACAGACGGGAGUUACUACUGUACAUGUGAUGCUGGCUAUACCCUGAAUGCCGAUGACCAUUCGUGUGACGAUGUGGACGAAUGUGCCAAUGGGAAUGGUGGAUGCGAACAUACCUGCAAUAACAUAGCCGGGAGUUACCACUGUACCUGUGAUGAUGGCUACGCCCUAAAUGACAAUGAGCAUACGUGUGACGAUGUGGACGAAUGUGCCACUGAUAAUGGUGGCUGUGACCAGAAUUGCCAUAACACAGACGGGAGUUACUCCUGUUCCUGUGAUGCUGGCUACACCCUGAAUGAGGAUGGGCAUUCGUGUGACGAUGACGAUGAAUGUGCGGACGGUACGGAUAACUGUCACGAUGACGCAACCUGUACUAACGAACCCGGCUCGUUCACCUGUAGCUGUAACAACGGUUACAGCGGGGACGGAGUCGACUGUGAUGAUAAUGAUGAAUGUACUGAUGGUACGGACAACUGCAACGAUGACGCAACCUGUACUAACACAAUCGGCUCAUUCACCUGUAACUGUAACACCGGUUACACAGGGGAUGGAGUCACCUGUACUGAUGACGAUGAAUGUACUGAUGGCACGGACAACUGUGACGAUGACGCAACCUGUACUAACACACCCGGCUCGUUCACCUGUACUUGUAACAGCGGUUACAGCGGGGACGGAGUCACGUGUGAUGAUAACGAUGAAUGUACUGAUGGUACGGACAACUGCCACGAGGACGCAACCUGUAGUAACGAACCCGGCUCGUUCUCAUGUACCUGUAACAACGGUUACAGCGGAGACGGAGUCGACUGUGAUGAUAAUGAUGAAUGUACUGAUGGUACGGACAACUGCCACGAAGACGCAACCUGUACUAACGAACCUGGCUCGUUCUCAUGUACCUGUAACAACGGUUACAGCGGGGACGGAGUCACCUGUGAUGAUGACGAUGAAUGUACUGAUGGUACGGACAACUGUGACGAUGACGCAACCUGUACUAACACACCCGGCUCGUUCACAUGUACCUGUAACAACGGUUACAGCGGAGACGGAGUCACCUGUACUGAUGACGAUGAAUGUACUGAUGGUACAGACAACUGCCACGAAGACGCAACCUGUACUAACGAACCCGGCUCGUUCACCUGUAGCUGUAACAACGGUUACAGCGGGGACGGAGUCACCUGUACUGAUGACGACGAAUGUACUGAUGGUACGGACAACUGCGACGAUGACGCAACCUGUACUAACACACCCGGCUCAUUCACCUGUAGCUGUAACAGCGGUUACAGCGGAGACGGAGUCACCUGUACUGAUGACGAUGAAUGUACUGGUGGUACGGACAACUGCCACGAUGACGCAACCUGUACUAACGAACCCGGCUCGUUCUCCUGUACCUGUAACAACGGUUACAGCGGGGACGGGGUCACCUGUACUGAUGACGAUGAAUGUACCGAUGGUACGGACAACUGCCACGAAGACGCGACCUGUACUAACACACCUGGCUCAUUCACCUGUACCUGUAACAGCGGUUACAGCGGGGACGGAGUCACCUGUUCUGAUGACGAUGAAUGUACCGAUGGUACGGACAACUGCCACGAAGACGCAACCUGUACUAACGAACCCGGCUCGUUCUCAUGUACCUGUAACAGCGGUUACAGCGGAGACGGAGUUACCUGUACUGAUGACGAUGAAUGUUCUGAUGGUACGGACAACUGCGACGAUGACGCAACCUGUACCAAUACACCCGGCUCGUUCACCUGUAGCUGUAACAGCGGUUACAGCGGGGACGGAGUCACCUGUACUGAUGACGAUGAAUGUACUGAUGGUACGGACAACUGCCACGCAGACGCAACCUGUACUAACGAACCCGGCUCAUUCACCUGUAGCUGUAACAGCGGUUACAGUGGGGACGGAGUCACCUGUACUGACGACGAUGAAUGUACUGAUGGUACGGACAACUGCCACGAGGACGCAACCUGUACUAACACACCUGGCUCAUUCACCUGUAGCUGUAACAACGGUUAUAGCGGAGACGGAGUCACCUGUACUGAUGACGAUGAAUGUACUGAUGGCACUGACAACUGCGACGAUGACGCAACCUGUACUAACGAACCCGGCUCGUUCACCUGUAGCUGUAACAGCGGAUACAGCGGGGACGGAGUCACCUGUGAUGAUGACGAUGAAUGUACUGAUGGUACGGACAACUGCCACGAGGACGCAACCUGUGCUAACGAACCCGGCUCGUUCACCUGUAGCUGUAACAACGGUUACAGCGGGGACGGAGUCGACUGUGAUGAUAAUGAUGAAUGUACUGAUGGUACGGACAACUGCGACGAGGACGCAACCUGUACUAACACACCCGGCUCGUUCACCUGUAGCUGUAACAGCGGUUACAGCGGAGACGGAGUCACCUGUGAUGAUGACGAUGAAUGUACUGAUGGCACGGACAACUGCCACGAAGACGCAACCUGUACUAACGAACCCGGCUCGUUCACCUGUACUUGUAACAAUGGUUACAGUGGAGACGGAGUCACCUGUACUGAUGACAAUGAAUGUACUGAUGGUACGGACAACUGUGACGAUGACGCAACCUGUACUAACACACCCGGCUCGUUCACCUGUACCUGUAACAACGGUUACAGUGGGGACGGAGUCACCUGUACUGACACCGAUGGGUGCAGUCCCGAUCCGUGCGUUUCAAUAGCUACUUGUACCGACAAUGUGGCUCCCGCGACUGGUGCAGUCUGCACUUGUCCGGCAGGGUAUCACGGUGAUGGAAAAGUUCAUGGGACCGGAUGUACAGACAUCCCCGGGUGCGAUCCGAAUCCGUGCGUUUACAUCGCUACCUGCGUAGAUAUUCCUGCCCCAGGGACCGGUGCAGUUUGUGUCUGCCCGUCUGGAUAUGAGGGCGAUGGAACAAUGGGUGGAACCGGGUGUACAGAAAUCGAUGGAUGCGAUCCCGACCCGUGCGAUGUCAAUGCACAGUGUACAGAUAUUCCAGCUCCUGGGACCGGUGCCGACUGUACGUGUAACAAUGGAUAUUCGGGAGAUGGAGUCACAUGUACAGAUGACGAUGAAUGUACUGAAGGUACGGACAACUGCGACGAUGACGCAACCUGUACUAACACAGCCGGCUCGUUCACCUGUACCUGUAACAGCGGUUACAGCGGAGACGGAGUCACCUGUACUGAUGACGAUGAAUGUACUGAUGGUACCGACAACUGCGACGAUGACGCAACCUGUACUAACGAACCCGGUUCGUUCACCUGUACCUGUAACAACGGUUACAGCGGGGACGGAGUCACCUGUACUGAUGACGAUGAAUGUACUGAUGGUACGGACAACUGCGACGAUGACGCAACCUGUACUAACGAACCCGGCUCGUUCACCUGUACCUGUAACAACGGUUACAGUGGGGACGGAGUCACAUGUACUGAUGAUGAUGAAUGUACUGAUGGUACGGACAACUGCCACGAUGACGCAACCUGUACCAACGAACCCGGCUCGUUCACCUGUACCUGUAACAACGGUUACAGCGGGGACGGAGUUACCUGCACUGAUGAUGAUGAAUGUACUGAUGGUACAGACAACUGUGACGAUGACGCAACCUGUACUAACGAACCUGGCUCGUUCACAUGUACCUGUAACAACGGUUACAGCGGAGACGGAGUCACCUGUGAUGAUGACGAUGAAUGUACUGAUGGUACGGACAACUGUCACGACGACGCAACCUGUACUAACGAACCCGGCUCGUUCACCUGUACUUGUAACAACGGUUACAGUGGGGACGGAGUUACCUGUACUGAUGACGAUGAAUGUACUGAUGGUACGGACAACUGUCACGAUGACGCAACCUGUACUAACGAACCCGGCUCGUUCUCCUGCACCUGUAACAACGGUUACAGCGGGGACGGGGUCACCUGUACUGAUGACGAUGAAUGUACUGAUGGUACGGACAACUGCCACGAUGACGCAACCUGUACUAACGAACCCGGCUCGUUCACCUGUACUUGUAACAGUGGUUACACCGGAGACGGAGUCACUUGUACUGAUGACGAUGAAUGUACUGAUGGUACGGACAACUGUCACGAGGACGCAACCUGUACUAACGAACCCGGCUCGUUCACCUGUACCUGUAACAAUGGUUACAGCGGGGAUGGAGUCACUUGUACUGAUGACGAUGAAUGUACUGAUGGUACCGACAACUGCGACGAUGACGCAACCUGUAGUAACGAACCCGGCUCGUUCUCCUGUACCUGUAACAACGGUUACAGCGGAGACGGAGUCGACUGUGAUGAUGACGAUGAAUGUGCGGAUGGUACGGACAACUGCGACGAGAACGCAACCUGUAAUAACACACCCGGCGGGUUUACCUGUACCUGUAAUACCGGUUACAGUGGAGACGGAGUCACCUGUACUGACACCGAUGGGUGCAGUCCCGAUCCGUGCGUUUCAAUAGCUACUUGUACCGACAAUGUGGCUCCCGCGACUGGUGGAGUCUGCACCUGUCCGGCAGGAUAUCACGGUGAUGGAAAAGUUCAUGGGACCGGAUGUACAGAUAUCCCCGGGUGCGAUCCGAAUCCGUGCGUUUACAUCGCUACCUGCGAAGAUGUUCCUGCCCCAGGGACCGGUGCAGUUUGUGUCUGCCCGUCUGGAUAUGAGGGCGAUGGAACAAUGGGUGGGACCGGGUGUACAGAAAUUGAUGGAUGCGAUCCCGACCCGUGCGAUGUCAAUGCACAGUGUACAGAUAUUCCAGCUCCUGGGACCGGUGCCGACUGUACGUGUAACAAUGGAUAUUCGGGAGAUGGAGUCACGUGUACAGACAACGAUGAAUGUACUGAUGGUACGGACAACUGCCACGAAGACGCAACCUGUACUAACGAACCCGGCUCGUUCACCUGUAGCUGUAACAGUGGUUACAGUGGGGACGGAGUCACAUGUACUGAUGAUGAUGAAUGUACUGAUGGUACGGACAACUGCCACGCAGACGCAACCUGUACCAACACACCCGGCUCAUUCAGCUGUAGCUGUAACAACGGUUACAGCGGGGACGGAGUCACUUGUACUGAUGACGAUGAAUGUACUGAUGGUACGGACAACUGCCACGAAGACGCAACCUGUACUAACACCCUCGGCUCAUUCAGCUGUAGCUGUAACAACGGUUACAGCGGGGACGGAGUUACCUGUACUGAUGACGAUGAAUGUUCGGAUGGUACGGACAACUGCGACGAGAACGCAACCUGUACAAACACACCUGGCUCGUUCACUUGUACCUGUAACAACGGUUACAGCGGGGACGGAGUCACCUGUACUGAUGAUGAUGAAUGUACCGAUGGUACGGACAACUGCCACGAUGACGCAACAUGUACUAACACACCCGGCUCGUUCUCAUGUAGCUGUAACAACGGUUACAGCGGGGACGGAGUCGACUGUACUGAUGACGAUGAAUGUGCGGAUGGUACGGACAACUGCGACGAGAACGCAACCUGUGCUAACGAACCCGGCUCGUUCACCUGUAGCUGUAACAAUGGUUACAGUGGUGACGGGGUCACCUGCACUGAUGAUGAUGAAUGUACUGAUGGUACGGACAACUGCCACGAAGACGCAACCUGUACUAACACACCUGGCUCGUUCACCUGUACCUGUAACAAUGGUUACAGCGGAGACGGAGUCACCUGUACUGAUGACGAUGAAUGUACUGAUGGUACGGACAACUGCCACGAGGACGCAACAUGUACUAACGAACCCGGCUCGUUCUCCUGUACUUGUAACAGUGGUUACAGCGGGGACGGAGUCACCUGUACUGACGUGGACGAAUGUGAAUAUGCAAAUGGCCAUUGUGAACAGAACUGCACGAAUACAGUCGGGAGUUUCUACUGCUCCUGUGAUGAUGGUUACGUCCUAAAUGACGACGGGCUAUCGUGUGACGAUGUGGACGAAUGUGCCUUUGAAAAUGGUGGCUGUGAACAGUUUUGCAAUAACACAGACGGGAGUUACUACUGUUCCUGUGAUGAUGGAUAUAUCCUGAAUGACGACGGUGUAUCAUGUGACGAUGAUUGCAGCAGCAGUGGCUCUAGUGAAAGCAGCGACUCUGAUAGCAGCAGUGGCUCCAGUGGAGGUGGCAGUAGCUCUGGAUGUCGCAGUGGCUCCAGUAGCAGUGGCUCCAGUAGCAGUGGCUCCAGUAGCAGCGGUGGCUCCGGUGGCAGCAGUGGCUCUGGUGGCAGCAGUGGCUCCGGUGGCAGCAGUGGAUCCGGUGGCAGCAGUGGAUCCGGUGGCAGCAGUGGAUCCGGUGGCAGCAGUGGAUCCAGUGGCUCCGGUGGAUCCGACGGCGAUUGUGUGUCAUUCUGCCAUUCUGUCUGUACUUCAGUUUGUUAUAAUGACUAUUAUUGUGUCCCCUAAAGACCAGCUUUGAUCAAUUAUCUACGGUUUGAUCGAAUUCAGCUGAACUACUUUGUGACACGUAAAAUAAGAACUCUGCUUCGUCUACAAUUAACAUCACUAUAAUUGUAGGUAAGGACCAGAGGGAUUCAAUAUUGAAAGAAGCUAAUAUGAUAUGAAAAGCAGUAAAACGACUAAAAAUAAAUCUGGCGUACAUCUUACUAUCAAUAACGUCAUCUACGCCAGUUUCUCAACGAUUUGGAAACCCGCCGUUCUUUUUUCAAUAAGAAAGUUUUUUUACAAAAACGUCCCUGCAAUUCCAAAACAAGUGGCUAGGAGGUUCAAACCUAUACCACUUCUUUCUGAAAGCUUUCUGUCAGCAUGCCCUGGACAAGAAACAAAAAGCUGAAGGUCUGCUUAAGUUCCAAAGAAAGUCGCCAGGACGCCCCUAAUCGAUCUUGACCUUUGUCUUCCCACGAAACAUACCAAAUAUUAACUCAAUCCAUUCUGACCUUCUUAAGUUUUCCUGAACACAAAUAUGUGAUUUCAAACACAAUUAGACACAUUAAAUCCCUGCAAAGCUACCACUGUUUAUGGAGGUAAAAACACCUCGUUUUGCACGGAGCUCUGGAGGUUAUAAAGAACGGCAAAUCAGUUAUUGAUCUGGACUUAACUUAUCCUGACAAAUGAAAAGAAAAACCCAAAUUUCAUGGAGGUAAUAUCACAUCGAUGUUUUACGAAGGUGAUAAACACUACACUUGCAAUUAUUGAAUUGACCUGGGCUUAAUAUAAGAUUGUAUUUAAAGUAGAUGCAUACGGAAUAGAUUUCAGAUAGAUGUGUUGAUACUUAUAAUUAUUCAAAUAGGUUAACAUAUUACAUCACAACGUAACGAAGAAUGUAGGACUUAUGGUCAAGAGGACGUAAAGUAAUAUUGAUUAGUAAUGUCAUUUAUGGUGAGUACUUCGUUAUAAUUAGGAAGUUUUCGUCAGCAGUUUAUUUUAAGAAGCUAUGACUUAUCUUAUGAUGAAGGUUACUUAUAUUGAAUAUUGAUUAGUAAAAUUAUAUAUAUCCGGUACUUCAUUAUCAGUGAGACAUUCCUCACAGCAGUCGAAUUCUUUGAAAAAAAAUUAGGACAUAUGGUCAAGAAUACUUUAAACAAUAUUAAUAUUCAUUAGUAAUAUCAUCUUUAUCCUGUACUUCAUUACAAUUGAGUUCUCAUCAGCAGUUCAUCAAUUCAAGAAGCAAUGACUUAUGUUAUGAUGGAGAAAAUUGACUAGUAAGCCCUAUAUCCAAUACUUUAUUAUCUAUAGGACGUUCAAGAAGUAGGGCUUAUAGAUAUCAGGUGCAAAUCUAUCUUCUCUUACGCUUGAAGUUAAUAUGGUCACUGUAAACCUUUGUGCUCAACUAACAAUGUACUCACUCAACCCGUAGAGGUGCAAAGUAAGGGGUUUUGAACAGGCAAACACCAACAAUUGUUGUGGAACCCACAAACCUCAAAGUCAAUGAUAACAUCGUUUAAGAAAGACCAUCUCACAUUUGCCAAGAGAGUACUCAUGAUCCAUACCAUCCAUUCCCUUAGAAGCUAACCAUGAUUUGCAAAUCAACAUAGCACAGAUUGCAUAGACUGACUUUGCUGUCAUAUUGUUGGUGCUUACACCGGUAGACAUGUUGCGCUUUAACAGUAACCUAUAUCCAGUAAGAACAUCGCACCUUUAUGACCAUACAUGUAACCAAGAAACCAUAAUAUUAUAACCAAGAAAUCAUAAUCAUGUAGCCAAGAAAUUAUAAUAAUGUAACCAAGACGGAAUCAUAAUCAUGUAGCCAAGAAAUUAUCAUAAUGUAACCAAGAAACAAUGCUAUUGUAAUCAAGAACGAAUGGAACCAAGAAAGCAUAUAUAGAUAAGCAAGUAACGUGCAAUAAAUAGUGAUAGAAAAAUA